CGCGAUUUGUCUUCGACAUGGCCGACGAGCUAGAAAAUUUCAUAACCCUCGCUUCACCCGUGAUCGACGGUAAAGCUAAAGAUCUUCAAGCCUUGAGCUUGAAGAUUUGGGAAAAACCAGAGCUUGGCUACGAAGAACAUUUUGCCCAUGGCAUUCUGUGCGACUUUUUUGAGGAACAAGGUUUUGAGGUAACAAGGGGUUACACAAUGCCAACAGCUUAUCGGGCGGUGUUUGGAGCUGAGAACGAAGGUCCGACGGUUGCCGUGCUUUCUGAAUACGAUGCAUUACCUGGGGUCGGACAUGGAUGUGGGCAUAAUCUCAUAGCCAUAGCGGGUAACUACGAACUCGGAGUUUUUCCAAAAUUACCUAAUAAUUACUUAUUCAACAGCAUAAUUAACUAGAUCUUCACCUUUUUCUAUUAUCAGACUUCACACCCGAUAACAAACGGUAUUACCCCCAAAGAAAAAGCAAAAUGUAACUUGAUUGACCCAAUGAACUGGCAUGUUUUCAAUUUCCACCCUGGGAAUUGCUCUGUAGUCAUUAUUUAGCUCAAUCAGCCCGUCAUGAGAGAUGAUGUUCAGUCUCUAUGACUGGCUCUGACCAUCACUGAACUUGGUUGGUUCGGAAGUUCCUGGGAUUACACCUGCCUCAGGAAGUGGGGGGGAAGAGAUAUACCUGAGAUAUCCCCCAUGGAUAUCUCAGGUAGUCAGUACCCUCUACUUCAUCCAUUCAAUUAGGUUGAACUUGUACUCAGGACAAGAAAGAGUAAAAAUAAAGUAAAGAUUGUGCUUGUUGUUUUGAAACUAAUUAUUACUGAGUCUUGUAGACUAUACUCAAUACAUGACCAGGGCAUCUGUGACUUUGUUUUAAGGUAACUGGAAACAGUUCUCCAUGAACAGUAUGAAGUCACAGCAGUUAAAUCAACUGUAAUCUUAGCAGCAUCAGAAUUUUAAACUGGCUAGAUUUAAUUUGUUCAAAUUCACUCAGAUGUGAAGUCUUAUCUCAAAAGAGAAAAUUCUGAAGUUUUGGGAAAAUCUAUUGAGGAAUUUCCCAAGAUGGUCCCCAAAAAUAAAAAACUGGACUUUCAUGGGACGUUAGCAUAAUGAUAACGAUUGUCAUUUCAAUUGUUUGGUGGACAUAAGCAUGAAAUUGGUUUGACUGUGAAGAGGGAAAGAUGGUAUUUGAGCACUUUGAAUGUAGUUGGUUUGCAUCUCAUCUCAGAUACCUGUUCCCAGCCACCUUAAGAGUUCUACAUUAACUGUUUCUUUAUUAACCCCAGGGGUAGGGGCAGCACUGGGGAUAAAAGCAGCUAUCGAGGGUGGACUCAACGCUAAGCUUAUUGCCAUGGGAACCCCUGCUGAGGAAGGAGGUGGUGGAAAAGUGCAGAUGGUUAGUAGCGGUUGUUUCAAAGAUGUAGAUUUUUCCAUCAUGGUACAUCCUGCACCUUUUAAUAUGGCAUUCUACGUGAGCCAAGCUCUUGAGAAAGCUGAAAUUGUCUACAAAGGGAAGGCAGCUCAUGCAGCAGCCUUCCCAUGGGAAGGACGCAAUGCUCUUGAUGCUGCAGUCAUGGCGUACAACUCUAUAAGCCUGCUCAGGCAACAGAUGAAACCAACGUGGCGAGUACAUGGCAUUAUAAGUGAGGGAGGAGUUAAGCCUAAUAUCAUCCCUGAGCAAACUAAGCUUGAAUUCUGGGUGCGAACUGUGAAGAAUAAAGAAUGUGCAGUCCUCAAAUCUAAGGUGAAUGCUUGCUUUGAAGCAGCUGCAAAAGCAACUGAUUGCACGGUAGAGAUAACAUGGGAUCCCAUUCCUCAUGCAGGAGUGCUCACCAACAGCAAGCUGGCCUAUUUGUAUCAAAAGUAUGCUGGGCAAAUGGGUGUGGUCUUUCCAUCAAGAGAAGAACAAGAAAGUAUUGUGGAUGGAUCAACAGAUUUUGGAAAUGUGUCCAUGGUAGUUCCUGGUCUGCAUGCUCAGUUCUGUAUUGACAGCUCAGUGCCAUUUCAUUCCCAUGUCUUCCGAGCUGCUGCAGGCACACAGUAUGCUCAUGAUCAAACUAUUAUUGCUGCCAAAUCUCUUUGUUUUACUGCAAUUGAGGUGUUGCAUGAUCCAUCACUACUAAAAGAAAUGAAAGAUGAAUUUUUACAAGCAGUCAAAGAUGCUUAG